GCGGGCGGACACGAGAUGCCGCUGCUACACCGAAAGCCGUUUGUGAGACAGAAGCCGCCCGCGGACUUGCGGCCCGACGAGGAAGUUUUCCACUGUAAAGUCACCAACGAGAUCUUCCGCCACUACGAUGACUUUUUUGAACGAACCAUUCUGUGCAACAGUCUGGUGUGGAGUUGUGCUGUGACGGGUAGACCUGGACUGACCUAUCAGGAAGCACUUGAGUCAGAAAAAAAAGCAAGAGAGAAUCUUCAGAGUUUUCCAGAACCACUAAUUAUUCCAGUUUUAUACUUGACCAACCUUACCCAUCGUUCACGCUUACAUGAAAUUUGUGAUGAUAUUUUUGCGUAUGUCAAGGAUCGAUAUUUUGUUGAAGAAACUGUGGAAGUCAUUAGGAACAAUGGUGCAAGGUUACAGUGUAGGAUUUUGGAAGUCCUCCCUCCAUCACACCAAAAUGGUUUUGCUAAUGGACAUGUCAGCAAUAUAGAUGGAGAAACUAUUGUCAUCAGUGAUAGUGAUGAUUCAGAAACACAAAACAGUUCUUUUCAAAAUGGGAAGAAGAAAGAUACAAUUGAUCCCUUAUUAUUCAAGUACAAGGUACAACCCACUAAAAAAGAAUUGCAUGAGUGUGCUAUUGUUAAAGCAACACAAAUCAGCCGGAGAAAACACCUAUUUUCUCGUGAUAAACUAAAGCUUUUUCUGAAGCAACACUGUGAACCACAAAAUGGAAUCAUUAAAAUUAAGGCAUCAUCUCUUUCAACAUAUAAAAUAGCAGAACAAGAUUUUUCUUAUUUUUUCCCUGAUGAUCCACCCACAUUUAUCUUCAGUCUGGCUAACAGAAGAAGGGGGAGACCUCCCAAACGAGUAUCUGUUAGUCAGGAGGACAGCAUUGCUAAUAAACAGACUGUUGCAGGUUAUAGGAACAGAGCUACUAAAGAAAGAGACAAACUUUUGAAACAAGAAAUGAAGUCACUGGCUUUUGAAAAGGCUAAACUAAAAAGAGAAAAAGCAGAUGCCCUAGAGGCAAAGAAAAAAGAAAAGGAAGAUAAAGAGAAAAAGAAGGAAGAAUUGAAGAAAAUUGUUGAAGAAGAGAGACUGAAGAAGAAAGAAGAAAAAGAGAGGCUUAAAAUAGAAAGAGAAAAGGAAAGAGAGAAAUUGCGUGAAGAAAAGAAAAAGUAUAUGGAAUACUUAAAACAGUGGAGUAAACCUAGAGAAGAUAUGGAAUGUGAUGAUCUUAAGGAACUUCCAGAACCAACUCCAGUGAAAACUAGACUACCUCCUGAAAUCUUUGGUGAUGCUCUGAUGGUUUUGGAGUUCCUUAAUGCAUUUGGGGAGCUUUUUGAUCUUCAAGAUGAGUUUCCUGAGGGAGUUACCCUAGAAGUGUUAGAGGAAGCUCUUGUAGGAAAUGACAGUGAAGGCCCACUAUGUGAAUUGCUUUUUUUCUUCCUGACUGCCAUCUUCCAGGCGAUAGCUGAAGAAGAAGAGGAAGUAGCCAAAGAGCAAAUAACUGAUGCUGACACCAAAGAUUUAACGGAGGCUUUGGAUGAAGAUGCAGACCCCACAAAAUCUGCACUGUCUGCAGUUGCAUCUUUGGCAGCUGCAUGGCCGCAGUUGCACCAGGGCUGCAGUUUGAAAAGCUUGGAUCUUGAUAGCUGCACACUUUCUGAAAUCCUCAGACUACACAUCUUAGCUUCAGGUGCUGAUGUAACAUCAGCAAAUGCAAAGUACAGGUAUCAAAAACGAGGAGGAUUUGAUGCUACAGAUGAUGCCUGUAUGGAGCUUCGUUUGAGCAACCCCAGUCUAGUGAAGAAACUGUCAAGCACUUCAGUGUAUGAUUUGACACCAGGAGAAAAAAUGAAGAUACUUCAUGCUCUCUGUGGGAAACUACUGACCCUAGUUUCUACUAGGGAUUUCAUUGAAGAUUAUGUUGACAUAUUACGGCAGGCAAAGCAGGAGUUUCGGGAGUUAAAAGCAGAACAACAUCGAAAAGAGAGGGAAGAAGCAGCUGCUAGAAUUCGUAAAAGGAAAGAAGAAAAACUUAAGGAGCAAGAACAAAAAAUGAAGGAGAAACAAGAAAAACUAAAGGAAGAUGAGCAAAGAAAUUCAGUUGCAGAUAUAUCUAUUGGGGAAGAAGAAAGGGAAGAUUUUGAUACUAGCACUGAGAGCAAAGAAAUAGAGCAAAAGGAACAAGAUCAAGACACAGUUACUGAGGAUGAAGAUGACCCAGGAUCACAUAAAAGAAGUAGAAGGGGGAAAAGGGGACAAAAUGGAUUUAAAGAAUGUACAAGGCAAGAAGAGGUCAACUGUGUAACAAGAGAGCCUCUUACUGCUGAUGAGGAAGAAGCUUUAAAACAGGAACACCAACGAAAAGAGAAAGAGCUCUUAGAAAAAAUCCAAAGUGCCAUAGCAUGUACCAAUAUCUUUCCCUUGGGCCGCGACCGCAUGUAUAGGCGGUAUUGGAUUUUCCCUUCUAUUCCUGGAUUGUUUAUUGAAGAGGAUUAUUCUGGUCUCACUGAAGACAUGCUGUUGCCUAGACCUUCAUCAUGUCAAGAUAAUGUACAGCCUCAAGAUCCUCAGGUAUCCACUAAAACUGGGGAUUCUUUGAUGUCUGAAUCUACCUCCAGCGUUGACCAAGGUCCGUGUGAUGAUUCUAUGCAGCUGCCAAAACCAGUGCAUAAGCCAAAUCGGUGGUGCUUUUACAGUUCUUGUGAACAGCUGGACCAGCUUAUUGAAGCUCUUAAUUCUAGAGGACAUAGAGAAAGUGCCUUAAAAGAAACUUUGUUGCAAGAGAAACGCAGAAUAUGUGCACAGCUAGCCCGUUUUUCUGAAGAGAAGUUUCAUUUUUCAGACAAACCUCAAACUGAUAGCAAACCUACAUAUAGUCGGGGAAGAUCUUCCAAUGCAUAUGAUCCAUCUCAGAUAUCUGCAGAAAGGCAGCUUGAGUUGAGGCUGAGAGAUUUUCUUUUGGAUAUUGAAGACAGAAUUUACCAAGGAACAUUAGGAGCAAUCAAGGUUACAGACCGAAACAUCUGGAGAUCAGCAUUAGAAAGUGGACGGUAUGAGCUGUUAAAUGAGGAAAACAAGGAAAAUGGUAUAAUUAAAACUGUGAAUGAAGAUGUAGAGGAGAUGGAAAUUGAUGAGCAAGCAAAGGUCAUAGUAAAAGACAGACUUCUGGGCAUAAAAACAGAAUCUCCAAGUACUGUCUCAACUAAUGCAAGUACACCACAGUCAGUGAGCAACGUGGUUCAUUAUCUUGCAAUGGCACUCUUUCAAAUAGAGCAGGGCAUUGAGCGGCGUUUUCUCAAAGCUCCACUUGAUGCCAGUGACAGUGGGCGUUCUUAUAAAACAGUCCUGGACCGUUGGAGAGAGUCUCUCCUUUCUUCUGCGAGUCUAUCCCAAGUCUUUCUUCAUCUCUCCACCUUGGAUCGUAGUGUAAUAUGGUCUAAGUCUAUACUGAAUGCCCGUUGCAAGAUAUGCCGAAAGAAGGGUGAUGCUGAAAACAUGGUACUUUGUGAUGGCUGUGAUCGGGGUCAUCAUACGUACUGUGUUCGACCAAAGCUCAAGACUGUGCCUGAAGGAGAUUGGUUUUGUCCAGAGUGUCGGCCAAAGCAACGUUCUAGAAGACUCUCCUCUAGACAGAGACCAUCCUUGGAAAGUGAUUACGAGAUGGAAGGUAGUAUGGAAGGUGAGGAUGAUGAAGUUGAUGAUGAUGAUGAAGAGGGUCCAAGUGAGGAGGAAGAGUAUGAGGUAGAACAAGAUGAAGAUGAUUCUCAAGAAGAGGAAGACGUCAGCCCACCAAAACGAGGAAGACCACAAGUUAGAUUACCAAUUAAAACAAGAGGGAGACUUAGCUCUUCUUUCUCAAGUCGUGGCCAACGACAAGAUCCUGGAAGAUAUACUUCAAGGAGUCAGCAGAAUACACCGAAAACAACUGUUUCUUCUAAAGCUACUGGUAGAAGCCUAAGAAAGAUAAAAUCUGCUCCUCCUACAGAAACUAAAUCUUUAAGAAUUGCCAGUCGUUCUACUCGCCAGAGUCAUGGCCCACUGCAAGGAGAUGUAUUCGUGGAACUACUUAGUCCUCGUAGAAAACGCAGAGGCAGGAAAAGUGCUAAUAAUAUACCAGAAAAUAGUCCCAGCUUCCCUAACUUCAGAGUCAUUGCCACAAAGUCAAGUGAGCAGUCAAGAUCUCUAAAUGUUGCUUCAAAACUUUGUCUCCAAGAUAGUGAAUCCAAGAGAAGAGGCAGGAAAAGACAAUCUACAGAAUCAUCUCCAGUGACACUUAAUCGAAGGAGUUCAGGUCGACAGGGAGGAGUUCAUGAAUUGUCCGCUUUUGAACAACUUGUUGUGGAAUUGGUACGGCAUGAUGACAGCUGGCCUUUUUUGAAACUCGUUUCUAAAAUCCAGGUCCCAGACUAUUAUGACAUCAUCAAAAAGCCCAUUGCCUUAAAUAUAAUUCGUGAAAAAGUGAACAAAUGUGAAUAUAAACUAGCAUCUGAGUUUAUCGAUGAUAUUGAGUUAAUGUUUUCGAACUGCUUUGAGUACAACCCUCGUAACACAAGUGAAGCAAAAGCUGGAACUAGGCUGCAAGCAUUUUUUCAUAUUCAGGCUCAAAAACUUGGACUCAACGUCACACCUGGGAGUGUGGAUCAAGUUAGCACACCACCAGCUGCAAAAAAGUCACGAAUCUGAUUCUGUCUUUCUAAAGGAUAUAUUUGAAGAAAACAAAUUGUUCAUGAAAAUGGAACAUUAAAUCAUUUUCUAAAGCAGACAUAUAUGUAUAAAGCAAUAACAACUGAUUGACCACAUUGAAGU